AUGACCAUGAUGCAGUUCGAAUACGACCCAGAAAGUCUCAUAGAGGAGGUUAAAAAACGUCCAGGUAUAUGGGACUUCGAUAACGUUGACUAUAGAACUAAAAGCACUCGUCACAAGCUAUGGACGGAAGUUGUAAACGCGCUCAUGUCGAGCGAUGUCAAGAUAUCGAAGAGCGAAAGGAGGGAAUUGGAACUGCAGCUUCAGAAGAAAUGGAAGAGCAUGCGGGACUGCUUCCAGAAAUACGUCAGUCAUCCAAACAGAACUAAAAGGCCGUACAUAUAUAGCAAACAUUUAUCAUUCUUAAUUAAGAACCAAAAAGAAGUACCGCAAACCGAAACCGGUUCCAGCGAAUCCGAGGAGGGAACGUCCAGAAAAACAUCGUGGAGACGAAGGAAGAAACUUAAACUCGCCAGGGACAGUUCCGACGAUAAUGACAUAGAUAAAGAUGACUGUAGGUCAAACGACGGAGUCACGAUAGAAAUACCACUCAAACAACCCACAUACAAGCCGGUUAUUGACGAAUUCGCAUUCGCCAGCGUCGAUAGCCAGAGUAGGACCGAACAAGAGGACCCUGAUAAACUUUUCCUCCUAUCAUUACUACCACAUCUGAAGUCUGUACCCGAGGAGAUGAGGUUGAACAUCAAGAUGGACAUCAUGCAAGUGUUAAGAAACGCUAAUUAUCAGUCACAGAUGAUACACAAAAUAAUAUGA